AUGCUCCCUUCGACAGAAGACACCUCCGCCUCAGACGCGAUCGGCGCACAACUCGACGACGAGAUCUCCUCCCUCCAAGCACAAAUAUCCUCCCUCAAAUCCCAGCGCAAACUCCAAGCAGCAACAAUCCUCUCCUCAAGACACACAAAAGCAACCCUAACCCGCCUCCGCGCCUCGCAAAAACCCUCACAACCACAACCCCAACCCCAACCCAGCGACACAACCCCCCUCCUCCUCGCAGCAUCGACCGCCCAACGCGCACACACACAAGAGAACCUCUACCGCGCCUGCGCAGGAAUAACCACAUUCCGCGUACAAGACCCAGACCCCAAUUCCGUAGACGGCGGCAAUGUCCUAGGAAUCCGCAUCGAUGUAUCCAGCACGGGGAAGUUCGUCAAGCCAUACUAUAUCAUGCUGAACAAGCCCUGGCAGGGUAGCGAUCUCCUGCGCAUUCAUCGCCAUACCGUGCCAGCAAGUAUACCGCUCUCUUCUCUCGCAGAGAAGUUCCUACCGCACGGGAAAGGCAGCACGGCGAUGGGUGUUGAGAGUGCUGGAGCGGGAGGCAAGAAGCAGGAUUUGCGACGCUUUGUUAGAGCGCUGAGGAGGGAGGUGGUAGCGUAUCAUAAUCGCACGGGUGUUAUCAAGAGCUUGAGGAGGGAGUUCAAGUUAGAUGAGAAGGAGUCGAGGAAGGGGAAGGGGAGGGAGAAGGUUAUUAAUGAUAUUAGUGCUGCGGAUGCGGAGGCGAAACAGAUUAGGAUUGAGUGGGUUGAUGGGAGAAUUGGGAGGGCGAUUGUGGAUGAGAGGGGGGAGGUGGUGAAGUGUGUUAUUCUUGGGGAGGAUGGGAGGGAUAGGGAGAACGAGAGGAGGGUUGUGGGGGGUGGCAUGGAGGGGAUUGGCGAGAGGUUGAAGGAGGGGAUGUAUUGAGUUUAUUUCUGGUUGGAGUUCUGUGUAGGCUUGAAGAUACCCCUGGAAAAAUGGAUUUUGCUGUAAUCCUGUUGCCUUUUGAAUUGCAAUAUCUCGAUUUCGCUACUUCUGAAGGGACAGCUAGUGUCGUGGGGAAUUUCUUCUCUUAGGUAAAGCUACACAAUCCUCUAAUCUUCCAUUCCACCGAACAUCAUCUAAAAUUAAGUCUUCA